GUUAUGAUGUCUAGAUGUUAGAGAAAAAUAAACAUAUUUUUAUAAAUAUAUACAUAUAUAUUUAUAUUGUUAAUUAUAAAUAAAAAUAAUGGACGAAAUAGAGUACAAAUUAUCUUCAAAUAAUUCAAUUCUGAUAACGCACGGAAUAUCAAAAAUUCUAGAAAUAACAAAAAAUAAAAUAAGUAACAAUGAAGACCCACUGAAGAUAUCAGAAUUGAAGUCACUCUUCACAAAAUGUAAAAGCGAAAACGCGGUUGUAAGUUUGGUGUCAUGUCACGCAGUGGUAGCUCUAGUGGAGUCUGGACUGAUCGAAAUAUCUCCCACGCUUUCAAAACUAAUUGCGAUUUUAGGAGAGACUAAAAAUUAUUCUGCCGUAACCUCAGCGAUCUGCAGUCUGCUGGCCCUGGAUUUAAAAUCGCGACACCCGGCCGCAAAAUAUGAAUGCCCGUUUUCUAUUCAGGCUCCUCAGCACCCGCUCAUUACAGUUUUGAACGAGAAAACCGACUCCUGGCGCAACGUCCUCGGGGAAAUGAAGUCAAUGCUCCACGAUUGUAAACCCGAGUCCGUUUACCACCACGUGGAACUUCUGAGGCCCGUAUUUAUGUACAUUCUGGGCAACCCAACGUUCAAUUCAUCUGCAGAAAAUUUUCGUCAGCAGACCUGGCACCUUCUCAUGAAAACCAGCAGCACUUUGGAGCUGCAGUUAGAAAUAAUCCAGUGGUUGCGUACAAAUAAUUUAAACUCUUGCAUAAAUACCAACAAUUUAGUACUAGAGUUAACAGAAUUUGCGGUAACUAAAAAUAAUAAAAAAUUAUUUACAGCCUUGGGGCCGCUGAUUGCCGCUCUGGCUCUAGAUCUACUGAAACACAAUUACGAUCCGAGGUCGAACAUCGUAAUGAUCGAGUCCAUUCUCGAGCACGCUGAUCCUGAUAACCCACAUGACAACUUAAUUGCCAAUAUCACAGUAUCAAUAUUAUCUGAAAUGUUGAUCAUAACACCGGUUAUUUAUUUGCAUGAUUUAAUUAAAAUCGCCGCUUCAAUUAUAAACAAAUUGCAGUGUAAUGAGAUUGUUGCUCACUCAUUGGUGUCGUCGAUUUUACCCUGGAUGGCCUACGCGACACCUUUAUCAUCCGAUGCGCUUGAAAUUGCUGACAAUUUGAUCAACACCAUCACUGCCACCUCCGACAGACCUCUAAAAGGCGACAGCUACCCUGAGAAAAUUUACAACGACAACUUGUUCAGUCAUCUCCACCACGCAAAUCGGCACCUACAAUUCUACACGAACCUCUGCGUGCAAAUUGAGUCGUGCGUUAAUUUAAACAUUUGCUUGGAUACCCUGUCAAAUAUUCCCAAAGAAUUUUUGUACAGAUAUAAAUUAAUUAUCGGAGGGAUAUUUCUUGAGAGUAAAUCCACCGAGACUAUUCUGAAAGCUGGACGUCUGUUGGUAAGAAUAGCCAGAGAAAAUAAUAAUUUUGCUGGUCAUGUUCUUUCGAUGCUGCUGUACAAACUAUCAAACUCGCGGAAAAUCGAGGAAACUAAAGAACUGCUUUUUAUUUUACCAGAGCUUGCUGUCUCCAAAGAAAAUGUACCGAUUAUUGUACAGACCUUGCAGACACUGGUCGCCGCUGACGAACCUCUGAAGUACGUGGCUAUAAAUUUGUUUUUGAAAGCAUGGAUGGUGGAGCCGCGAUGCCACAGGUACUUGCUUACAGCUUUGAUUGACAUGAAUCGCAAUGACAAGAGCACGAAAGCCAACGUGACCUGCGCCAAGGCCAUGGUCUUCAUCUGUGAAAACAAACCGGAGCAUGGAGCUGAACUGGUUCCCUUGUUAUCGCAAACUCUGAAUAGAUGCGGAGACACAGUAGGAAGUGCUGCGAGCGCACUCGCUUUGAGGGGAAUUUCCGCGCUCUGCGUCGCGGGUAUCGCGGACGUUUGUUCGACCUGGCGAGUGCUGUCGCCGAAAAUGAACAAAGAGGAGCGAUCUAUUGUAAUUAAGAGCAUGUGUGAUUUUUUUGCCGACAUACCUUCAAAUGUCGCGCAUCCUGAAGAGCAGUUUGAAGAACUGGUUGAUCAGUCUCUAAAAAAACUGUGGGAGCUAACGUGUUUUGAGACCACGAGGAACUUGGAAAUCGUUGAGGCGGCUUUCAAAGCACUUGCUGCCUAUACGAUCAAUCAGAUUAAAAUUACAGUACUCCCGGAAGUAUUUAUGAAGGAUCUGGUCUCUUAUAAAAGGGCCCAAGAAGGAGAAAAUAAAGAGGAAGAAGUAGAAGAAAAAGAAGACAAGGCUGAGCAAGCCCUCACUUACAUACCCAGCACUUGCUGGAUCACGAUGCUCGAGACUAUUUACGAGCCUGCGCUGUCGCUGGCGGGAGAUUUGAUAAUAAAAUUUAUAACUGACGAGUUGUAUGGAUUCAAAACGGGGAUCUACAUGUGGGCGAUGGGCGAGCCGAUAAAUUUUAAAUAUCUGCCGGAGAAAAGUCCGGUCCGAGCUGUUGGCGAGUACUUGAGACGCUACAGCCCCGAUAACUUGAACCCGCAGACUAAAAAAAUAUUAAUGGAGUGUUUGAGAAUAUUUUCCUACAAAUAUCCCAAGCCGCUGCCGCCCAUUAAGUGGGAACUAUUUAGCAAAGCGAUAAACGUGUCUCCAGAGAGUUUUACUUUAGGCAUUUCGCUGGCGUGUCACCAGGCAGCAGUUUCUCCCUCAGCCAAAGAAUUUGUCAGCAAAUAUUUGACCGAGAUGACGGCCAAGUUUGCUAAUAAUUCUGAUAUAACAAUAACUUCGGAGGAAUUCAAACAAUGCUGGCAUUUGUGUACUCACCUGGAUGAUAUAUGUCGCGGAGUUACUUCCGGAGUUCUCGGUCCGUUUUUGGACGUUACUUUUAAUUGCAUUAUUGAUAAAGCGGCUGUCGGUGACGAGACGGCGGUAAAAAUGUUCGACGAGCUCAUGGGAUUUUAUUCAAAAGCUCUGACAGAUGACCUAGUGCACUUUGACAAUAAGACACUGAUCACUGAGAUACUGGAGAAGUUGUUUGAUAAAAUAGACGUUGACAGCAAGAUUUUUGAAGCUUACACUCGAGCUCUGCUGGGAAUGACGGCGGAGAAAAUAGAGAGAAUAACUUUGCCAAGUGUCUGGGACGCAAUUUCAAAUGAUAAAUUGAAAAAAGCAAUAAAAAUACGCGCAGGGUUGGUCUUGAAGCGCGACAACGAGAUUCCCCUGAGUUGGAUGAAUGAAAUAAUUCGUGUGUCAUCAUCUGAGCCUGGAGUCCAUAAAUGCUUACUGAGUAACAUGAAAAUAAUUCUGAGUAAAUUGCUAACCGAAAAAUCAAACGCCUCCUGGUCUUGGGACCUGAUGUGUCGGAUACAAGCGACGAUUGUUAAUUCCCACGAUAAUUAUUCGCUAGAAACGACGAGCUCGCUCUGUGAUAUUUUAUUUUUAACAAUAAUAGUACUUGCGUGCGACAAUUGUUUUGUAGAAAAUGACGAGACGCUAAUUACCUCGCACGAUAUGAGGAUUCAAUUAUUUCCACAUGCUAUGGCCACCAUUGUCUCGAUGCCAUAUUGGAAGGAAAUUACCCAACAGACUAUGGAGUGGCUGAACUUUAUGAGGACUAGUACACUGCCUACGUCGUAUAAAAUUGUUUUUCACAACACACUCGUGUCACUGAAAGGUCAGCGGCAUCUUAAUGACUUGUGGACCAAGUACUUGUCUAUUAAAAGCCCGAUCCAAUUGUCAAAAUGAAUACAUCAUU